GAGAACUCAAAGUUCAAGCAACAUUUAUCUCCCAACUCAUUUACCUCUUUCCCAUAUUUCCCUCUCCCAUAUCGAUCCGCCUUUUUAUUUUUAUUUUUUAUAAUUACAAUCAGACUCACUUUUAAAAGUAACUUUGUGACCAUCUUGAGUUUGAAAGUCUCAAGAUGGAAAAAGUGACAAGAUUGACCUCAGAGAAUGGAGUUGUGGUUUUCAGCAAGAGCACUUGUUGCUUGUGCUAUGCUGUCAACAUUCUGUUUCAGGAACUUGGGGUUGCACCAGUUGUUUAUGAGAUUGAUCAAGACCCUGAAGGAAGGGAAAUGGAGAAGGCUAUCAUGAGGCUGGGCUGCAAUGCGCCUGUGCCAGCAGUGUUCAUUAGUGGCAAGUUGAUCGGAUCUACCAACGAAGUCAUGUCCCUCCACCUAAGCGGUUCUCUGAUUCCGCUGCUGAAGCCAUAUCAAGCUCGAUCUUAAUUCAAGAAUUUGGUUUCUCUCCAGUAUACUGGACUAUCCGUCCAAAAGCUAUGAGAGGCGUUGUGGCGCCCACACUGCCCGCUUCUAUGGGGCACAUAGCCCCUCUCACAGUUUUUGUACUGGACAGCCUCAUAACUAGAGAGAAGCCUGGUUCUAAUUCUACUGCUAUGAAAAACAUGGCAAUCUAGCUAGUACAACCUUUGAAUAAGCUUGGCCAGGCCAACACUAGUAGUUGGCUCUCUAAUAUUCAGUAGUCUAUGUAGCUAUUUUAUGUAUUGAUGAAUAGCUUUGGUAGAUAGCUUGAGCUUGUAGACUCUUUGCUGGGCAAAAAAAAUAGGAAAGAAUGUAGUCUACUUACAACUUUCCUUAAUUAAUGAAGUUAAUAGCCUUAUUUAUAAUUUUA